UCAAACUUUUUAUUAUUCAAAACCAGAAGUGCUAGUUUCGCAAGCCCUAACACUUUACACUUUGCAACUCUUUCAAUCUUCCAAACUCAUUUCUGCUCCAUGGAGCCACUUGAAUCUCCAUUCAAGAUAAUAUUGGGAUCAUCUUCGAUUGCACGUCGAAAAAUAUUAUCUGAAAUGGGAUAUGAGUUUACUCUCAUGUCUGCAGAUAUAGACGAGAAAGCUAUCCGGACCGAAAAACCAGAAGAGUUGGUGAUGGCUCUUGCAAAGGCAAAGGCUGAUGCCAUUGUCUCCAAGCUUCAGACUAGCAAGGACAUGACACCAAGCGUUCUAAUUGCGGCUGAUACAGCAGAAGGUAACCCAAAGCGCCAUAUUGUUGAAGACAAGGAUGCCGAGCCAACACUACUAAUUACUUGUGACCAAGUGGUGGUCUAUGAAGGUAUGAUAAGGGAGAAGCCUGAAAGUGAAGAAGAAGCACGCCAAUUUAUUAAAGGGUAUUCUGGCAAGCAUGCUGCAACUGUUAGCUCUGUUUUGGUUACAAACCUCAAGAAUGGAUUCACAAAAGGGGACUUUGACAAAGUAGAGAUUCAUUUCCACGAGAUACCGGACCAUGUUAUUGAUAAGCUGCUUGAAGAGGGGCUUGUGCUCAAAGUUGCUGGAGCAUUGAUAAUUGAACAUCCUUUGAUUGUUCCAUAUGUCAAAGAUGUGAUAGGGACGACUGAUAGUGUGAUGGGACUCCCUAAAUCUUUGACCGAGAAAUUACUAAAUGAGGCUAUGAAGGCAUGAGUUUGGAUUCAUGAGGAGCAUCAUCACUAAUAAUUUACAAAAUGUUGAUAUGAUUGUAUCCGACACUCCAUUGGUGAUGUUAAUGUUAUCUGAGACCAUGCUGAAAAAUCCGAUUGUUAUGUUGUUUCUAUGUGCAAUGUCUACUUGGUAUUAGAGUAAAUAACAAACAUGGAAUUCUAUUCUAAUAGUGUUGCUUGCUAGAGGCCUAUCCUUGAUGUAAGUGAGAUUUUUGCUUCGAGAGACAUUCGUUGCGUAAUGAUAGAUCAGUUGAGGAAAUUGAAAUUUGGAUAUCGUAUUUGUUACAUUAUCAAUUAUAGGGCAACUAUUAUAAAUCUUUCCUUUGUGUGUU